UUCGCGCUCUUACAGGUAUUUGCACAGUGGGUUGCCUCCUAACCAACCCAAACCUUCACCAGUCAACUGAGCAUCUUACUAUUUCCCGUCUUUCGACCGCUACUCUUUCGACAGACGUAAGCAAGCAAACAAGCAAGCACAAUGUCAGACAACGUCGGCCUCGCGACGCCGCGCGGCUCCGGCACGUCGGGGUACGUGCAGCGCAACUUGGCGCACAUGAAGCCGCGCGACAUGGCCGCCCCCUACCUGCCGCGCAACAGUGACGCCGACAGCAUGCGGCACAAGCCGCGCCAGCCGGACCAGGGCCUGUUGGAGCACGACCGCAAGCGCGAGGUCGAGGUCAAGGUGUUUGAGCUGCGGGACAAGCUCGAGGAGGAGGGGGUUGAAGAAGAAGAAAUUGAAUCGCAGUGCGACGAGCUGCGCAAGAAGCUGCUUGCCGAGAUGGAGAUGAACAGCCGGGACAGCGACAGGAGGCGAGGAGGCGUUGGACCUGCGCCGAGGAGGAAUUUUAAGAUGCAUCAGGUGCACGAGCUGGCCGACGCCAAGAUCAAGGAGAGCGAGCGAUUGAGACAGGCCCUCAAGAUCAGCAAGGACUAUCAGGAGGGCAGCCACUGGAAGAGGCAGGAGGAGAGGCUCAAGAAGGGGUUAGAGCGGGAGGGGGGCGGUGCAAAAGACGAGGUGAAACGGGAAAGGAGCCGGGAUAGGGACUGACACUCGGAAACUGGUGGGGAAUGACGGUGGUAUGUCUGGCAUCAGCGUUCUGGAAUGGGGUCAUUGGGCGUUAGAGGUGUCUUGGGCGUAUCUGGGCUGGGGUCUGGUCGAUAUGUUGUUCCUUACUUCUUUCUAGAGGGAAUCAGCAGUCUCCGCUGCUUCGAAAUCAUUGAAGGUCACGUAACCGAUACAAGUCUGGUGAGUCUCUUGUCAUCUCCCCCACUGCUUUUGCUUACCCCUUCCGCGACAGCUUCUCGCUGACGCACAGGGCCCAGCUGAAUCAAACCAGUCAAAUGCCCCACCUGUUCUGGAAGGCGCAGAAGAUUCCCAGAGUGCGGUCAAGUCAGGGGUCUCUGAUCGAAGUUCGGGGAUCACGUCAGGG